AUGGAAAUUCUGCUCUAAGAAUAAUUGAUACCCCUAAACUUGGAGCCACCAGAGGAUACGAAGAAGAUGAAAAAAUUUCAAACUUAAUAACAACGAAAUUGCAGAUUCGAUUACUUUGAUUUGUUUUGUAAUGAAAUCUACUACAACUAGAUUAACCCUUCAUCAAAGAUACAUUAUUAAUCGUAUCUUAUAAUUAUUUAGUAAUGUUGUUAUACAAAAUGUUAUUUUUUGUUUACUUUUUGGGAUGGCUUUAAGGCACUAGUACUUGAUGCAAUUUAAAUUAAAGGAGAUCAUGAGCAUUCUGCAAGUCCUUUUGCCAAUAUUAUAAAUCAAAAAAGAGGACAGUAUUGGAUAGGAUUUAAAAAUGAAGCUUUUUCAUAAAAUAGAAAUCAAAUUUCAAAAAUAUAUUGGGAUAUGGCUUAUAAAUCAUUUAAUACUUAUAAUGAAAAAAUUCUUAAAAAAAUUUUGUUACUUUGUACUCACCUAAGAGGUUAUUAAAGAAAGAAAGUAAAUCUAGAAUAUCAUCAUUAUUAAUAUUAGAUCAGAAAACGAAAAGUAAAAAAUUUCUAAUUUAACAAAAGAUUAAGAAGAUUUCAAAAAAUUUAUAUAUACAAAAAUAGUAUAAGCCCCUAAUUAAUAUAGUACAAAUUGUAAUAUUUGCAAAACAACUUGUCAUAAUCCUGCAAUCUUGA